AUGGCAGACAAUAAGCGCAAUAGUGUCGCUGGGAAGGUCGCGACCCCGAAGACGACAGGCUCCGGUGCACCAGCAACCCAGUCUGCACUGCCAGAGACACACGAAGCGAUCGCGAAAGCCAUUGGAGCACGCGUCAAGCUCACGACAGCAGCACCAGAGUCACACACAUACGAUGGGACACUCUACACUGCGGACCCGACCACGAACGUCGUGGUGCUCAAUACCCGCGUAGCUGCGACCAAUCCAUCCACAGACCUUGCAAGCCAGCCAAGCGACUACCGCAUCAUACCCAUUCCACGCAUCCAGAGCUUCCAGAUCGUCUCACUAGCGAGCGGCGAACGUGUACGCGAAAGCGAAAGCGGCAUCGCUUCUGCCAAGCCCAGCAUAGCCGCGGUGGACAUCAGAAGACUAGAGAAGAGGUGCGAAGACCGAGUGCGUGCCCUGAAAGAACAGGAGAAAAACAGAGGAAAAGGUGUCAGCAAAGAAGGUCAGGCGAUCUUUGACGCCUUCAAGAGGAUAAACACCCAAGUCCGCUGGCACGACCAACAGAUGAUCGUCUCCGAAGCCGUCAUCAUCACUCCACCCUACCGCGUCGAAGACUGUAAAGGUUCAAAGGACAAACAAGAAGCGCUCAUACGCAUCAAGAAGGUGCUUGAAGGCGAGAGGCGGAAGAUUAAGGAGAAGGAGGAGAAGGAGAGAAGGACUGGGACACCUACUGGACCGCGGAAAGGUGGUUGA